AUGAGUUUUUUGGACGAAUUGCGCUCGAAAAAGCACACUUUGAGGCCCACUUCUACGAUAUUGACACACUUGGAUGGUCAGAAAUUUAUACAGUGUGGCCCAGAAACCACGCCAUUUCACCGGAAAAAAUUUGGAUUUGUUGUUGAUACUAAACCGGAUAAUGUCCCUGCUAAAAUCACCGAUUUUAUCUAUUUGGGGUCACAGGAUUGUUGUGAUUCGGAAAUUUUGCGAAAUUAUUGUAUUGAAAACGUUCUCAGUGUCGGAAUUGAAGUCAAGUGUGGGAAAAAUUGCAAAUUUGUCGAGUGUUUGGAUCUACCGGAGACGGACUUGGAAGAGGUCCUCGCCCAAAGUGUCGAUUUUAUCGAGAAUGCUGUGCAAAGACAGAGUAAUAUUCUAGUGCAUUGUAACGCCGGUGUGAGCCGUUCGGCCUCCAUUGUCAUAGGUUAUUUGAUUUUAGUUCGCGGUUAUAAUUUUUUGGAUGCAUAUAAUAUUGUAAAAAAUGCACGAAGUUGUGUUCGACCGAAUGAUGGGUUUGUUACACAACUGAGGAAUUUAACUAGGUCGUAAUUUUUUUCAUUGGUUUUUGUAGUUUGUAGAACUGUUCAUUCAUAAUAUAACUUUUUUAUUGGUAUAAUAAGAAAUAAUUGUAAUUUAACCUCCAAUAAAGUUUUAUAUUUACGUAAGUUCAUUUCGUGUACCUUUGAUAACAUUGCAAAUGUAUUUUUUACCGAUCUUGUAAAUAAUCAUAGGUGCAUGGUGUUUGAAUAAAAAACAAAGCAA